AGACGUCGUUAUUUGCCGUGUGUGGUGCGUCUGUAGUUUUUGUUGUUGUUUUACCAAAACCAGCUAAUUUGUUAGUGCAAAUGAAACUGCUCGGAAUGUUGUAACUACGAUUGCAAUUGACGCGUCGCGAAAACAAGUGUUUAAAGUGCAUUUAAGAUGCAGUUCCAGUUGGCAGCGUAAAGUAACGCCCCACCCAUGAUGUCCGAAAAGGUUAGCUCGGCCUUGGUCAGCCAAAUGCAUUCGCAUGUGCUGAUGACUGGCGAUGCGCCCUGCCAUGGUCCAACCUUGGCGAACAGUGGCUCCUCCGCUACCACCAAGGAUGUGCCGAUCUUGCCACCGACAUCGCUUGAGGCAGACGCGUCGACAUCUGCCGCUGUUGGCGCUCAGCUCAAUUUCAAAAUAAUGCCCCUCGAGAGCAGCAGCUUUCAGGAAGUCUUUGCGGCCAUGAACACAUCACAAAUCUCCAAUGCCUCCACAGAAUCCAGCUGCAGUCCUCCAACGAUGACAGCGCCACCCAAACCCAGUCGACACAUGGCUGUGCAGUCGCUGAAUAGCAAAUCCUGUCGCUUUCCCAAGCUGGAGGAAUGCGCACAUUUUCAUUACGAACGCGUACAAUUGGGCCCGCUGUCUGUGCAGCUGAGCGACGAUAAAUCGGAGCAGAUGGGCAGUAGCAUUGCCUCGCAAUCGAUUAUCGGAGACCUGGCGCAGCACAAUUCGCUCCGCAGCUUCUCGCCGGACAGCUGUUGGUUCAUCAUACGAGUCUGUCCACAUCGGCACGAGCCUUUUCUGAUUAAGCGCAGCUUCGAGAACAUGCAAAUGUUCGAUGAGAUGCUGCAUCGUUGUGUCUACGAUCGCAAGAUCAGUGGACUGCGAAACAUGCAGGAGCUGGAGCUGCAGACCGAACAGGAUGUGGAGUAUGCAGUGGCCAAGUAUCUUGAGCGCUUCUCGAAAAUUGCUUCAGACUCGCUCACCUGUGGCACCAUACUUACUUGGCUGCAGUUGGACAACAAGGGUCGGCGACUGCCUUUGGCCGAUGGUGAGACACAACGUACGAUUAAUACGCCCGCAGUGGGUGCUGCGUAUGGCGUGCGACGCUACCAGGCGCAGGCUCCGGAUGAGAUAAAUAUCGAGGUGGGAGAUAUGAUAUCCGUUAUUGAUAUGCCCAGUCCGGCGGAGUCGAUUUGGUGGCGUGGCAAAAAGUCACAUCUGCAAAAAUCAAUCUACGAGGUCGGAUUCUUUCCGCAAUCGUGUGUGGCCACCAUUGGCGACAAGGUGCCGCGUAAUUUUCCCAUGCCGGCACCGCUGGUUGGCCAUUUAGAUGCCUCACCCACGAAGCCAGUGCUGCGCAAACAUGGCAAGUUAAUUGCCUUCUUUCGCUCCUUCAUUUUGUCGCGUCCCUCAAGACGACGCCUCAAACAGAGCGGCAUUUAUCGCGAGCGUGUGUUCUCCUGCGAUCUUUCGGAACAUUUACUGAAUAGUGGCCAGGACAUACCGAUGGUAUUGCGCUCCUGCGCUGAGUUUAUUGAGAACUAUGGCGUCAUUGACGGCAUUUACAGACUCUCGGGCAUUACCUCCAAUAUACAGCGGUUGCGACGCGCCUUCGAUGAGGAGCGUGUGCCGGACUUGGGUAAUCCCGAAAUGAAGCAGGACAUACAUGCUGUCAGCUCGCUGCUGAAAAUGUAUUUCCGAGAGCUACCCAAUCCGCUCUGCACGUACCAGCUGUACGAUAACUUUGUGGAGGCUAUACAAGUGAAGGCUGAUGAGCCGCAAGAGCGGUUGCGCUUGAUGAAGGAGACGGUACUGAAGCUACCGCCCCCGCAUUACCGCACCCUUAAAUAUUUGUCGGAGCACCUGCACAAGGUCUCACAGCACCAUGAGCGCACUGGCAUGACUGACAAGAAUCUGGCCAUAGUCUGGGCACCAAAUUUGCUGCGUUCGCCGGCUCUAGAGUCUGGGGGUGUGGCUGCGCUGCGUGGCGUCGGCGUGCAAGCGGUGGUCACCGAGUACCUGAUACGCAAUUGCCAUAACAUAUUCGAUGCACUGGAAGAUCAGAAUGCACGAUUGAGCUAUGUGGGCAAUGCCAACACCGCCGCGCAUGCUGAGCUACGCUUGGAGUCCCUGACUGACUGUGAGAGUUUGUUGGUGGAACAACGCGAACAGGACCAAUCACUGCAGGUGGUUGAGCGUCCAAAGAGCUUGAGCACCGGUGGUGCUGCUAAGCUAAUUAGCUUAGAGGAGGCUCAGGAGCGGCACUCGCGCAUCGAGGGAGGCACUGAUAUGAAACAAUCCUUGCCUAUUAACAUGGUAACCAGCAAUGCAGCCACAAAUAUGGGCUCCUACAUUGAGGUAGGCGGUGGUCCCUCAAGCCUGCCGGAUAAGUAUCAUACGGUGUUGUCAGUGCCACGCAGUUGGCAAAAAAGGAAGCCUGACAAGACAACCUCCUGGAAGUCCAUCUUCACGCGCAGUCAGCGACAGGGCAGCGAGAUGCACAAAAGCGCUCCACAGGCUCAAGCAGACAAGGAGGCUGCCUCGUCCCGUGUUACCUUUGUGGACGCCUCACAUGUGCUGGCUAAUAAGGAGCUCGCACAGCAUGAGAAACCCAAGUCCAUUGAGCUGCUGGAGACCACACGUGAUUCACUAAAUAGUAAACCCCUAGAGCUAUGCAUACGCUCCAGCUCCAUUGAUAGUCUUCGCACCGUUGGACACUCCCGAUCAGUGUCCCAUGAUUCCUAUUUCGAUUUGCUGCAGUCUCCGCAGCGCGGACACAUGACCACCUGCCCCUCGCGAGAACUCUCCGAACUGGGUCUCAAUUUCGAUCGCGAGGAGCCGGAAAUGCGCAUUUUCUCCGAGAGCGAGUCUCUGGUCAGCUCGCCCCGUGUGGGCAAAGAGAACGUGCCGCCGUCUGCCUCGUCUAGCGGAUGUGCCACACGUCGCAUAAUGCGCGCUCGCCCCGAGGAGUUCUCCAGUCAGACGAAUAGCGUCAAUCCCAGCCCAAAGAAACAGCCACGUCUCAAUCUGUUGUCGCCCAGUUCGGCACGCAUGCGCGCCACUACAGAGCCCACAAUGCAAACACAGCCUUGCGGUCAUGAAGCUGCAAGCUCGGAAAACUGCUGCAAGCGCUACAAGCUGGAGGAUCAGCUCUCGGACAUACAGUUCAUAGAUUGCGGUACGCCGGAGCAUGCGCAGGCGCAGCAACAACCGCAGCAACUAUUUGCCAGCGUGGAGGUACAUCCACCGCCAAAGCCAGCCCGAGCGAUGCAGCCACCGCCGGAGCUCACAUCACCUGCAGCAGCACGUUAUAGUUAUCCUUCGGUGCAGCUGGGCGCCAAGCGCAAGGAGCAGCAGGCGGCCAAGGAACGCUUUAGCUAUCAAGGCACCUUCAUGCAGCAGCCAUCCAUUAAGUUGGCACCCGUCGAGCAGCCACAGCAACCAACAGGCAGACCUGUGCACAAUGGAAGCGUACAGCGUCCCAAGCCGCGUCAGCAAGUUGUCGAGCUGGCUGAUGAGGAUAGCCUGGUGAAGCUAUCGGUACCCACACCUACUACACCAGCACAUAGUCCUCGCUACUCGCUGCUGUUGUGCGAAACGGAAAGCUCGGAGAAUAGCUCGGCGGUCAAUACACCGCAGUACGAUCUGGAGCCCCUGAUGCUGAACUCUGCCAUGUCGGGCGUGUCAGGCGUCUCCUCGAACAUGCAACAGCAGCUGUUGCUGGGUGUGGAUGCAGCCAGCAGUUAUCUGGGUAGCUCGCACGAGAGUCUGGGACAGCACUUCAAUCAGAACGAGUUGGAGCGUCGCGAUAUGCAUGCUUUGAAGCGCGAGUUAUCUCUGGACUUACAGACGCUGCAUUCGCGCUCGCCACAGGCUCCCAAUCGAGCCGCCACAUUGCCUGUGAAGGAGCAACUGCAGGCUGCGGCCGCAGUUGCGGCAAUGAGCUCCCCAAACAACUCCAACUUCACGGACAACACUAGUCAGUCGGUUACGCCGAGCGAGUUCGGCUAUCAGCAUCUACAGCGUCAGCUUAGUAUGCGGUCGCUGCUCGAGACAGAGGAGAGUUCUCCUGUCUAUGAGGACUAUGAACAUACGCCAAGCAAUGCGAUUACACCACAAAAGCUGGCAAGUCCGAUCAAGUCGACAAUUAGCAUUACCUACAAAUCGCCGGAGAAGGAGAAGCCGAAGGCACUGCUGGAGACAAAUUUCGAUGAGAAUAUCGUGUACGAGCAGGUUAAACUCUUUCGCAAUUCAGUCACGGAGGUAAAUCAGAUGCUCACUGAACAGCCACAGACAGUGGGCAGUAAUCGGCAUAGUUUGAAGCAAAUUGAAGAGGAGGAUGGUGGUGCUAGCAAGGCGGCUGAAAUGGCGCAGCAAUUGCUACGAUUGAGUGGCAACAGCGACAAUAUGGAGCAGCUGCUCUAUGAGAACAUUGAGCUUCGAAAGCCGAAAACGGUUUACGAGAAUCUACGGGGCGAGGAAAUGAAACUCAAUGUUAAUAUUAAACUCGAUAAUUAUACGAACGACACAGAUACUAAGCCGAGUGAUAGAAUUGAACUGGACAGUUUAGAGAGCCUGAAACAAGACACAGAACAAUCAGACAUGGAAUACAAUCAGGAGUAUUUAAUGGCCGCACCCGGCUCCGCACGAAAAUCACCUUCAUUUAGCGUUAAAGAGCUGGCUACCAAGUUUGAAAGUUCCCCCGUGGAACAGCUGCCCAAUUUUGAUUUUAGCCUGCGAGGUGGCUCAAUGAAGAAACCAAAUGAGCUCAGCCUACCUCCACCACCAGCUCAAGCAGCGCCGCUGCCAGCACCGAAGCCCGUGGCGCUGAAAAAGCUAAAUAAUACGCAAAAGAUAACACGCUCGCUGGAUGAGAACGCUUUUGUGCGCGAAUUUGGCGGCAAACAGCUGCAAGAUAUGGCUAAAUUGCCGGAAUUACCGGAGCUAAACAAUCGACGCAAAAGCUUUGAUUUUACGCGACCCAAAACACUGAAUCCCCCCAAGCGAUUGCCGGGCAUGAGCAUCACAGAAGAGAUUUGUAUGAAGCCGCCGCCAAAGUUGCCGGAACAGAUCACGCCCACCACAGAGAAUCGCAUCUCCCUCAUACAGCAGAAUAAUGUGCCCAAAGAACAGACACACUCCAAUGCCACGCAAUCGCUCAAUGUGCCCGGACGCAAGAGUGUGCUAACAGGCGUUAAAUUGGAUCGCGAACGCAUUGACAAGAUCAAGGAGGAGCGGCGCCAACAGCUAACACAAAAAUACUAUGGAGAUUCGCUUAAGUCGCGCUCCAAAACGGAGCUCAACUCCACCUGCAAGGAGGACGACAACAACUUUCAGACCACGGAAUCGCUGCGCAUCAAAUCGAAAUCGCGUGGAGAUAUGCAUGCGUUGCAAAAGGACAUGGACAUGAAUCUGAAGCAGCUGGCGCGUGCGGCUGGCUCGGAGAGCACGCUGAACACCACCGGUGGCAGUGCUGGUGGUAUUGGAGUUGGAAUCGGUGGUGUUGCCGUAACCACUGACUAUGCUACGCAGCGUGUCCGCAGCAUUUCGGAUGAGAAGAAUCAAAAUUGUGAUACCAACAAUGGCGUGGCUAGCAGCUUGCAGAGUGUUAAGACAACGGCCCAGAAAUAUGCCGCAAAUAAAACUGUGGCGCCCAAAUUUGAGCGCAAAUCCAUAGACUUUGCGGGCGGCAUAACGCGCGAUCGUGCCAACAGAGUCAGCGAAAGCAAUGUGAGCGCAAACAACAGAGAAAAGAUCUCACCACAAUUCUCAAUUCGGGACAUGACCGCUAUGUUCGAAUCUCGUUCACAAAAUCAAUAGGCUUAGGCAGACAUCGAAUGCUACACUCACUCAUAUACACACAUACACACACACACACAGACAUACACACAAAGCUGAAAUGGACUUUGCGAAUUAUAAGAUUAAAUAAUUUAUUUUGUUUUUUAGCUUACUUAUAAGCACGUUACAUCCAUACAUACCUAUACUACAUACAUACAUACAUGAAUAUACAUAGCUAUAUAUUGCAAAGGCUCCAAAGACACAUGAAACACUCACAACACAGACAUAGGCAGAGACACGCCCUCGCUUUGGCAUGCCUUCUUAAAAAAUGCAAAAUUUAAUUUUGUUUUACAUUAGCUGUAAUGGACAACAAAAAUAUUUAAACAAUAACAGAAAAAAGACCGCCUCAUAUUGCAUAUUUUGAAUGCGAGUUUGAUGCCCACAGACAUUAAAUUUAAGUUUCAUUGAAUUAAACAAAAUUUAGUUUUUGGUUUGUUAUAAAAAAAAAAAAACAAGAAGAUAAAGAAUGUUUUUAAAUUCGAAUUAGACGUAUGAUGUGAUUUGUUCUCGAAUGUUUUGUUUGAUUGCUACAAAAUUUCAAAUGUAUGUUUAAGUUUUAAGUGAAGCGCUCAUGUUGAUGAUGAUUUGUUAACACAUAUUUCACAUUUGUGCAUUUUUAUUGAUUAUUAUUAUUAUUAUACGAUUAAUUUAUAUUUGUAAACGAAAUAAAUUUACUGCAUUUUCA